AUGGAUGAUGGCGAUGUCGAAAAGGCAGAUAGCAGGUCAACGCGAUCUGACCUAUUCUCAAAGUUACCAUCAGGACACAAAAAGGAGCAAGAAGCAGACUCUCCGCCUGCAGUCAUCCCUGUCACGGACCUUGAAAAUGGCAUCAUCGGAUGGGAUAGUGAGCACGAUCCUGAUAUGCCACUCAACUUCUCUCGCAGUCGCAAAUGGCUCAUCACGAUUCUCUUAUCGGCCAUCACCUUUAUGACGCCUUUUGUUUCGUCUAUUCUUGCACCCACCCUGGCGGCGAUGGAGAAAGAUUACGGCAUUGACGACAUUACCUUAGGAGCAAUGCCCGUUAGCAUAUUUCUGCUGGGGUACGCGAUUGGCCCUUUGUUUCUAUCGCCCUUGUCCGAGAUUUACGGUCGAAAUCUGGUUCUGAUAUCAGCAAGCGCAUGGUUCUGCAUCUGGCUUGUGGGCUGUGCGCUUGCCCCAUCACUCAAUACGCUCAUCUUCUUCCGAUUCAUGUCCGGCAUUGGCGGCUCAGGAUGCCAAACCAUAGGUGGUGGUAUUAUCGCCGACAUAUUCCAUAUAAAUGAACGCGGAAAGGCAAUGACUAUAUGGAUGCUGGGUCCCAUUGUCGGCCCUACUGUUGCGCCCGUCAUUGGUGGCUUCGUGUCUGAGACAAUCGGCUGGCGUUGGGUCAAUUGGCUGUCAUUCAUACCCACUGCUGUCAUCGUGGUGGCCAUGGUCUUCCUAAAUCGUGAGACAAAUCACCGGGUAUUAAUUGCACGAAAGACAAAGAGACUUCGGGAAGAACUCAAACGGCCUGAGCUUCGGAGUUGCUAUACCGACCCGGAUGCCCCAGUCUUAAGCAAGAGACAGAUCUUGAUGCUUGGGCUGAUCCGACCACCAAAGAUGCUUUUUCGUUCACCAAUCAUCUUUGGGCUGUCUCUGUAUAUUGCCUUUGCGCAUGGAUGCCUCUAUCUUCUCUAUAACACGAUCCCGACCACUUUCGAGGGCAGCUACGGCUGGACCCUAGGUAUCACGGGUUUGGUGUAUCUCACGUUGCUUGUCGGAUACGGCAUCGGCCUGCUGUCGUUUGCUAUUCUCUCUGAUAGCACUGUUAUUCGUAUGACUGCUGCCAAUAAUGGUGUCUACGAACCUGAAAUGCGGCUUCCCGAUUGCAUCUGGUUUGCCCUCAUUCUGCCCACCACGUUUUUCUGGUAUGGCUGGAGUGCUGAUAAAGCUGUCCACUGGAUUGUGCCCAUCAUCGGUAUCGCACCGUUUGGAAUUGGCAUCGUCGGCGUAUUGAUGCCUGUUCAGACAUACAUCGUUGACGCAUACCCCCAAUAUGCUGCUAGCGGCCUUGCUGGAUUCGCCGUCCUGCGAAAUACUGUCGCUGCUUUCUUGCCCUUGGCGGGACCUCAGCUGUAUAAGAACUUGGGCGUGGGCUGGGGAAACUCUUUGCUUGGGUUUAUUGCGAUACUCUUGAUUCCCAUCCCAAUCCUGAUAUACAAGUACGGCAAAUGGAUGAGGCUUCGGUUCCCAAUCCAGUUGUAG